GCACAGACCACAAUGUUCAAGCUGGUGGUGUUGUCUCUAGCGUUCGCCGUCGCAGCGGCCGAUCCCAGCGUGCUGGGUCUCGGCGGGCUCGGGCUGGCCGGCCUGGGCUGGGGCGGGCUCGCGGCCCCCCUGGUGACGGGCGGAGUGAUCGCGCCCGCUGUCGCCCCCAUCGUGGCCGCCCCCAACUACCGCGGACCCCUCUCCCUGGCGCCCGGCCAGCCCGCCAACAUCCUGGCCGCCGACGGCAGGCCCCUGGACACCCUGAGCGUGAACCUGGACCGCGCCGCCCACCUGACCGCCCGCGCCGUCGACGGCGGCGUCCACCUGCUGAAGAAGAGGUCCAUCGUCGGCGCUCCCCUUAUCGGCGCCCCCAUCGCGCCCAUCGCCCCCAUCGGGGUGCCCGGCCUCCUUGGUGGCCGUCUGAUCGCCUCUGGUCCCGUCGGUAUUGCCGGUAUCCCGGCCGGUGUUCACCUGCUGAAGAAGAGGUCCGUCAUCGGUGCCCCACUCAUCGGCGCCCCCAUCGGUGUACCCGGAGUACUCUCGGGCCGCUUAAUCGCCCCUGGCCCCAUCGGCAUCGCAGCCCCGGGGCUCGUCGCCCCCGCUGGUCUAGGCUGGGGUCACGGAUUAGUAGGAUAAAUCUAAUCAUCUAUCUCAUCGAUUAAUUAAAUAGCUCAAAGACCAGGCAAUAAAAGAGAGAGUUACCAACA